CUUUCAGCAAGGUGUUGGCGGUGUUAUUCUGGGAGACCUCGUGGUAACUUGAGUGGGCGUUCAAGGCACAUGGCACACACAGAGAUUGAGGACUGUUUACAUCUUUGAUCUUUCAUGCGUUCUGUGUUUCGACUCUCUGCAUGCUCCAUUGAAGCGGGUGUGGGAGGAACGACCCUGAAAUUGAAUACUCUGCUAAGCGAACAAGUUUCUUUUGUUGUUGAUCCCGAUGGGAUCUUGCGUUUUUACCACACACUGCAUACUGGCUUUUUUUUUUUUGGCCAGAUAAUCCUUCCUUCCUUUCCAUUUCCUGGUCACAGCUUGAAACCCUCGUCGGAUGACCUGCCUACACAGUCUGUUUUUUCCUCUAUUGGCAGCAUCCUUUCACUACUCCACAAUUUUCACUUUUCUCCUUUGUUCAUCACGGGGUCGGGUUUUUGUGAUUAUUUGAUUACUGACCUUUUGGGCGGCUGGCGGCGAGCGGGGGGUGGACUACUCUUCUUGUAUCUUAAUAUGGGGUACGGGAGGAGGUUUUGUGCGAGGGGGAGAGAAAGAAAAACAAUACCAGCUGAUAUGGACAUGGUAGGGUGCUGAGCUGGGCUGAGGGAGGCGACGUGACACUUGUAUAUAUACUACGUAUACUUGUGCGAGAAUGGAAAGUAUUUUCGCGUAUGCGGAUAUGUGGUGCCUCACUGACUUGAAGUGGUGUGAUGCUGUGAUGCGUAUA